AUGUUCUUUGAUGAAUUCAAGUGGGGACAUGUUUUAUCAUAUGGAGCUGCCUGCAAGCGUUUCAAAGCUUUUCAUUUUUGCGUGUCUGAGUUCAACUGCAUGAAUCAAAUCUCUACUAUCUUGCAGACUAGCACUUUCUAUUCCAUUCCUAAACACAUGGACACGGAUGCCAUUGGAGAUCUUGUUGACAAGCUCAAGGCUAUCCAGAAUGACGAUGUAGAAGAUCAAGAUGAAUAUGAUGAUUUUGAUGAUGAUGAUGAUGAAGAAGAAGAAGAAGAACAUGAACCUAUCACACUUGGCUUUGUUGACAAGCCUAAGAAUAAAUGGUCUCUUCAACGUCAAUAUUUCCCAAGCAAAGCUGGAGGAGUGCCUGCUUGGCUUGACCCUUUGAACAUACCAUCAGGGGGAUCAUUUGUGUGUGACAUUUGUGGAGACCCUUUACAAUUCUUGCUUCAGGUUUAUGCGCCAACUGAGAAGGAAACUACAUUUCACCGAAUGUUGUUUGUUUUCAUGUGUCCCUCAAUGAAAUGUCUUCUCAGGGAUCAACAUGAGCAAUGGAAACACCAUCCAGAGAAGCCGUCUAGAAGUGUGAAGGUUUUCCGUUGUCAAUUACCUCAUGUUAAUCCAUUUUACUCUCCAGAAAGCCCUCAGUAUAAUGAGAGUCACGGACCGGCUAGCAGUGGAGCUGUUCUUUGUGAUUGGUGUGGCACUUGGAAAGGAGACAAGAUCUGUAGUAGUUGCAGACAAGCACGGUAUUGCUCUGAGAAACACCAGGUUAUGAGUUGGCGCACAGGGCAUAAAAUUGCUUGCCCUCAGAUGAAAGUUUCUUCACUUGUUUCUGAAUCCAACAAAAUUGGAACCACCUCCCUGGAAUCUCAUAAAGUUGGAAGCAAGAAUUUGUGGCCUGAAUUUGAGAUCACCAUUGAAGAUGAAAGUGAAUAUAAUAGAGACAUGUGUGAGGAAAAUACCUUGUCUAAUUCCUUAAUCUCAAGGAACAGGAAUGAUGACUCGUUGAAUUCAAUUUUGGAUAACUUUCAGGGUGAUGCUGACAAAAAGAGUUGGGCCUCCUUCCAGGAAUGCAUUGACAAGGCCCCUGAACAAGUGCUAAGGUAUUAUAGGAAUACUAAUGCUAAGCCAAUAUGGCCUGUUACAAGUGGUCGGCCAUCAAAUGCUAAUAUCCCUAGAUGUAGUUACUGCAGCGGACCUAUGUGUUGUGAAUUUCAGAUUUUGCCACAGCUGCUUUAUUACUUCGGCGUUGACAAUGAAGUGGACUCUCUGGAUUGGGCUUCAAUUGUGGUGUAUGCAUGUGAAGCCUCUUGCGAUGCAAGUUUGCCUUACAAACAUGAAUUUGUUUGGGUGCAAAUUUAUUCACCUUCCACAGCCUUAUAA